CAAAACACCCUAAGUCGUUUUGCAAACCGCCAAGCAAGAAGUCAUGUCACAGUUUGAGCGCUCAGUUGAUGUUCAUCAUGAGAGAGCAGGUGGAUGUGAUUCAUGCUGGAGAACAGCAGAUGCUGCAGACACCAGUGAAGAUUGAAGUGAAGCAGGAGGAGAUAAAAGAAGAAAACACAGCAGAGGAACAACAGAGUGAUGAAGAUGAUGAUGAUGAAACCAUAGCAGAGGAACAACAGAGUGAUGAAGAUUUUAUUCAUCCAGACAUGAUGGAAGGGAAAGAGCAACUUCAAGAGCUGACUAAGAAGAAUUUAUCACUAAAAAAGCCUCAAAGAAGAGCAGCUAAUAAUGCUGUCACCUGCUCUCAGUGUGGAAAGAGUUUCACUAAUAAAGAAGUUCUUAAUAAACACAUGAGAGUUCAUACUGGAGAGAGACCUUACACGUGCCAUCAGUGUGGAAAAAGUUAUGUAUAUGCAGUCGAUUUAAACAAUCAUCUCCUCUUUCACUCUGGAGAAAGAUCAUUUGAAUGUGAUCAGUGCAGUAAAACAUUUGCUUUGAAUUCAAGCUUAAAACAACAUCUGAAAACUCACACAAAUGAGAAGCCUUACAUGUGUUCUUCUUGUGGAAAGAGUUUUGCACGCCAAUCCUAUUUGACAAAGCACCAGAAAAUACAUGCCUCUGUGGGGGCUCAUUUGUGCUUUGAAUGUGGGAAGACUUUUAUUAAAUCCAGCAACUUAAAACAGCACCAAAGAGUUCACACUGGAGAAAAACCUUACAAGUGCUCAUACUGUGAAAAGAGUUUCAUUAAGUCACAAAACCUGAAAAUUCAUGAGAGAAACCAUACUGGGGAGAAACCUUAUACAUGCUCAUACUGUGGAAAGAGUUUUAGUGUGUCACGAAGCCUGACAACACACGAGAGAAUCCAUACUGGAGAGAAACCAUACUACUGCUCUAAAUGUGGGAAAAGUUUCAAUGUAGCAAGCAAUGUAGUGACUCAUAUGAAAAGGUGUUGCCCAAAGUAAUCACAGGAAGUGUAGUUUAAGAACAGUCAUUUGCUAUAAUCACCUGCAUUGAUGAAUCUAAACAAUCACUGACACCUUGUGGGGAUUUGAUGUACAGUUGAAGAAGUUUAUAUACACCUUAGCCAAAUACAUUAAACUCAGUUUUUCACAAUUCCUGUCUUAGGUCAGUUAGGAUCACUACUUUAUUUUAAGAAUGUGAACUGUCAGAAUAAUAAUAGAGAGUAUUAUUUAUUUCAGCAUUCCCAGUGGGUCAGAAGUUUACAUACACUUUGUUAAUAUUUGGUAGCAUUGCCUUUAAAUUAUUUAACUUGGGUCAGAUGUUUUGGGUAGCCUUCCACAAGCUUCUCACAAUAAGUUGCUGGAAUUUUGGCCCAUUCCUCCAGACAGAACUGGUGUAACUGUGUCAGGUUUGUAGGCCUCGUUGCUUGCACACGCUGUUCUGCCCACAAAUUUUCUAUCGGAUUGAGGUCAGGGCUUUGUGAUGGCCACUCCAAUACCUUGACAUUGUUGUCCUUAAGCCAUUUUGCCACAACUUUGGAGGUAUGCUUGGGGUCAUUGUCCAUUUGGAAGACCCAUUUGUGACCGAGCUUUAACUUCCUGGCUGAUGUCUUGAGAUGUUGCUUCAAUAUAUCCUCAUAAUUUUCCUUCCUCAUGAUGCCAUCUAUUUUGUGAAGUGCACCAGUCCUUCCUGCAGCAAAGCACCCCCACAACAUGAUGCUGCCACCCCCAUGCUUCACGGUUGGGGUGGUGUUUUUUGGCUUGCAAGCCUCACCCUUUUUCCUCCAAACAUAUCGAUGGUCAUUCUGGCCAAACAGUUCAAAUUUUGUAUCAUUAGACCAGAGGACAUUUCUCCAAAAGUAAGAUCUUUGUCCCCAUUUGCACUUGCAAACUGUAGUCUGGCUUUUUUAUGGAGGUUUUGAAACAGUGGCUUCUUCCUUGCUGAGCAGCCUUUCAGGUUUUGUCAAUAUAAAACUCGUUUUACUGUGGAUAUAGAUACUUGUUUACCUGUUUCCUCCAGCAACUUCACAAGGUCCUUUGCUGUUGUUCUGGGAUUGAUUUGCACUUUUCGCACAAUUUCGUUAAUCUCUAGGAGACAGAAUGCGUCUCCUUCCUGAGCGGUAUGAUGGCUGUGUGGUCCCAUGGUGUUUAUACUUGCAUACUAUUGUUUGUACAGAUGAACAUGGUACCUUCAGCCAUUUUGGAAAUUGCUCCCAAUGAUGAACCAGACUUGUGGAUUUAUUUUCUGAGGUCUUGGCUGAUUUCUUUUGAUUUUCCCAUGAUGUCAAGCAAAGAGGCACUGAGUUUGAAGGUAGGCCUUAAAAUACAUCCACAGGUACACCUCCAAUUCAGUACACCUAUCAGAAGCUAAUUGUCUAAAGGCUUGACAUAAUUUUCUGGAAUUUCCAAGAUGCUCAAAGGCACAGUUAACUUAGUGUAUGUAAACUUCUGUCCCCAACUCUGAAAGUGGUACUAUUGUGACUGUAGUUUCCUUUUAACCAAAGAAAAUGUUAAGGUCCCCAGACGUUGUUGUGUUCCUGGUUGUAGAAAAACUGCAUCUCUGCAUAGCCUUCCAAAGGAUCCCAACAUUAGGAACGAGUUACUUAAAUUUAUGUAAACAAAAUUCCUGAACGCAUUAAUGUGGCACUUACCUUUGUUCUGCACAUUUUUCUAAGGAUUGUUUCAAGCACCAUUAUGAUUCAAACUUUGCAAAGAAACUUAUACUGAAAGAUGGAGCAGUGCCAACUAUAUCAACAUGACAGUUUGCAGAUGCAUGCAUUUACUACUGUUUUAUCUGUCUGUGUUUGAUAUGCAAUUUAUAUGUUCAAGUUAUAACAGAUUUCUUCUUAUGUCCUUCUCUUUUAUAUAUAUUUUGUUUAUGGAAUAAUAUGAUGCAUAGUCACUUAUAAUUAGUUAUGAAAUCUUAUGUAUUCUGUAUUCAUUUCAUAUCAUGCUGUUAUAUUAAGCAUGAAGUUAUAAAA